CACGGGGAUGAUAGUGUGAAGGUGACAGGAGGCAGGAGAGUGAAAAGCAGCUGAAAUGUCUUCGUCGUUUAUAGCGAGGAGGCUGCUGUGUGUUGCGGCAGAGGCAGCAGCUUCUCCCGCUACUCCCGCCUCGACCAGCCGCUGGGAGAGACUGAAGAACAGUAAAGCUGGUGUAUGGUGUCGCAGCUUGGUCUCAGACUACAAAGAGGCGGUUCGGGAGAUAUUUGUUGGUGCCUGGGAGCGACCGGUGAAAGCCUCAGUAUACGUGUCUCUGCUAGGCGGGGUCGGUGCCUGUUUCUACACCAGACCAGAUGACUCAUCCUUUACUGCCACUUUGCUGGAGUACUCCAAUCAACUGGGUCUGCUGUCCCCAUGGAUCCGGAACGGAGCCUCCGAUGGCCACGUACAGAAUCUUGUCAAACUUCGCAAUGAUGGCCGGCUGCGCCACGCCAGUCUAGGUCUCCUGUCUCUGGUUUACCAUGCUGACUAUGACCCUGACACCACGCUGUACGAAGCCCAGUGCUCCAACCUGUCAGUACCUUGGAGGGAGCUCCCCGGACGAUUGCUGGACGUUGGCUUUGCUGGCCGCUGGUGGAUCCUGGACUCAAAGAUGAAGGACUUCGACGUGAACGAGGAGGAGUUCAAGCAGCUGCCCGAGCACAUGAGGGUAACAUCGACACCUACUGUUCAGGAGGUGGAGAGGAAUGAGAGGUUGCACAAAGAGUCGUGGUUACCGCUGAAGGUGGAAGAGGAAGAGAAAGAAACGAACGUAGUAGUGAUGAAAGAGGACAGUGUCAUUGAAGAGAGCCAAAUAGAAUCAUUGAAGGAGGAACAGACUCAAGCUUAAGUGUUGUGUGGAGCAGACUUUUCACUCAGUAACGACAAAAUUAGUCUCAUUUUCAUGCAGUACUGGAUUCUACAAACCACUUUUAGCUUAAUAUGUACCAGAUAUGAAUUGUCCAGACUCUCAGCGAAAAAGGAAACACUCAGAUUUGUUUUAAUUGCAACAUGUUUUUUUUCUUUAACAGGAAGUUUUUUGAAUAAUUUCUACCAUGUCAAUAUGUGUGUCAAUAAAUCUGUAAGCUGAA